CGCCGGCUUCCGGCGGAAGAGCGCGGGAGCAAGAUGGCCACCACCAAGCGUGUGCUGUGGACUGGCAGAGGAGGUGGACGACAAAGUCCUGCAUGCUGCUUUCAUUCCUUUUGGAGACAUCACAGAUAUUCAGAUUCCCCUGGAUUAUGAGACAGAAAAGCACCGAGGGUUUGCUUUUGUUGAGUUCGAGCUGGCAGAGGUUGCUGGGUCUAAAGUGGAUGGUUGUGGAGAGACCAGAGCUGCUGUGUGAAAAAAAACUCUCACUUAUUCCAACUGUAGCCUGUGAGUUACAGCUCAGUCCUUUGUCAGGCUGUGUCUCUCUGGCUAUGCAAAGCUCCCAGCCCUGUUCAGGCACACUCUUACCUGGAUGCUGCAGCAGCUAUCGACAACAUGAAUGAGUCUGAGCUCUUUGGACGGACAAUUCGGGUCAAUUUGGCCAAGCCAAUGAGAAUUAAGGAAGGCUCUUCUAGACCAGUUUGGUCGGACGAUGACUGGUUGAAGAAAUUUUCGGGGAAGACUCUUGAAGAGAAUAAAGAGGAAGAAGGGUCAGAGCCUCCCAAAGUAGAAAGCCAGGAGGGAGAGCCUCCUGCGAAAAAGGCCCGGUCAAACCCUCAGGUGUACAUGGACAUCAAGAUUGGAAAUAAGCCAGCCGGACGCAUCCAGAUGCUCCUGCGUUCAGAUGUCGUGCCCAUGACAGCCGAGAACUUCCGUUGCCUGUGCACCCAUGAGAAAGGCUUUGGCUUCAAGGGGAGCAGCUUCCACCGUAUCAUCCCCCAGUUCAUGUGCCAAGGUGGUGAUUUCACAAACCACAAUGGCACCGGGGGCAAGUCCAUCUACGGGAAGAAGUUUGAUGAUGAAAACUUCAUCCUCAAACACACAGGACCAGGCCUCCUCUCCAUGGCUAACUCUGGCCCUAACACCAAUGGCUCCCAAUUCUUCCUGACGUGUGACAAGACAGACUGGCUAGAUGGCAAGCAUGUGGUGUUUGGGGAGGUUACUGAAGGCCUGGAUGUGUUGCGGCAGAUUGAGGCCCAGGGCAGCAAGGAUGGGAAGCCCAAACAGAAGGUGAUCAUCGCGGACUGCGGCGAAUUGGCGUGAGCUGGCACCCUCCUGCCCUCCUCUCUGCCCUUGCCCUGCGUGCCCAGGAAGCAGUCAAAGUCUCAGGGACCCACAUGGAAAAGCGCUCAUGGCCUGAGUCCUCAGGGCCAGCCUGGAGUAGCUCCUGCAGACAAAGCCUGGACAUCCCAGUGUGGCUGCAGCCAGGAGCAGCCAGUGUGGAAGAAGCCAGUGCAGGUGCCCCUGCCCAUGGGACCCCCAGAGUUUUUUCUCUGCCAAAAUAAACCCUUGUCCUCAGACUGCCACCUUUGGCCAGGUCCUAGAGGUUGUCAGAGAUUAUAUCUGUGGCUAACUGCCCCCCUGCUCCAGACAGGCUGAGAAGUGCUCAGGAUCUGAUAUCCUUCCCGUAGAUUCUAUUUCCCUUCAAGUCAGCCAGGUCUUUUUGAUACCAGGUGAACUGUCAAGACCGGGAGAUCAUACAGGGGUGCCUCCUGUCUUCCGUAGCCUCUGCUCCAGACCUCAUGCUGUUGGCCUCGUAGCAGGUGUACUCACCAGUGAUCACACAUUUAUUUUGUGCUUUUCCAUUAUGCAGAUUUUUUUAAUGCUACAGCCAAAGUGCAGUCUCUGUGCCAGGAGCCGCACUUGCUUAUCGGGAGAUAGGAAGUCAGCAAACUACCAGGACUUAAGCCGACCUACUGCCUGUUUUUGUGAAUAAAAUUUUAUUGGAACACA